AUUGCUUUGACAGUACUCGAACCUUCAACCUGCCGGCUGUUGCCCUAAAAGGGCUUGGGAAUGGCGCCCUAGGUCGCGCUGGAGCGCAGCGGCGGACAACUCCAGAUUUCAGUGCUCGCGGCCAUGGAGGGGACGCAGAGGCUGAGGAGGGGCGACACCUAUGGGAGCUGGACAGUCCUCGGCGUCGGCCUGGAUCGAGAGGGCGCCCUCGCCAAGCUUAGGGGACUGGAGAUGCGGCACAAGCGUUGCGAGAGCCCCACGACGACGCUCUCAAUUGGCAUGGAGAGCUUGGGCGACAGUGGAUCUCCGGGCGAAGCCGCCGCUCCUCCCCCUAGCCUCAAGAAGACCCUCUCCUGGAGCAACUUUGACAAGCUCUCGAGCUCGCCCGUGAGCAUCAAGAGGAAGAGGGACGCGGCUGGAAGCUGGGAAUUUGGCGAGCAGGAGAUCGUCCUGGCGCUUGGGAGCUCGCCCCCGGCUAGACCCAGCGUCGCUCUGGGUCUUGGGCAGGCCGACAGUGGGAGUGGCAGCGGCAGUGCGUGCUCGCCAUCGAUCACUACCGAGUCGGACAUCGGCUUGAAAAAGUUCUCGGUUUCGCUCCCUCAAGACUCGCUGUCGCUGAGACUCUCGAGAAACUCGGACGAGGACAAGGAUGGUGGGCUCUUCCUGGGGAUCAAGAAGGUUGUGGACGAGGGAUCGUCGUCGGCUCGCUGGAUCAGCGCCGGCGGCGUCAUGCCCGGCUUGCUACGGACUCAGGCAUCUCUCCCGGAGCAGGAAGAAUAUCACUCUCACUCGGAGAACGAUCCAGACCUGGACAUCGACGUGAGGACCGGUGCCGGAUCUGACAAAGCUCCCAAAGCUUGCAAGUUCGCGGGGUGCGGGAAGGGCGCUCGAGGAGCCUCGGGGCUGUGCAUUGCUCACGGUGGUGGCCGCCGCUGCCAGAAAGAUGGCUGUAGCAAGGGAGCUGAGGGGAGGACCGCGUACUGCAAAGCUCACGGAGGUGGACGGCGGUGCCAGACUUUGGGCUGCACGAAGUCCGCCGAGGGAAAGACGGACUUGUGUAUCGGGCACGGAGGUGGCCGGCGCUGUGCCUACGAGGGAUGCACCAAGGCUGCCAGGGGACGCUCCGGCCUGUGCAUCAAGCACGGCGGCGGGAAGAGAUGCCAGCACGAAGGAUGCACCAAGAGCGCCGAGGGGCUGUCCGGCCUUUGCAUCUCUCACGGUGGAGGGAGGCGCUGCCAGGUUCCCGGCUGCACGAAAGGCGCUCAAGGCAGCACCAUGUUUUGCAAGGCUCACGGCGGCGGCAAGAGGUGUAUGAUCGAGGGCUGCGGCAAAGGUGCCGAGGGGAGCACUCCGCUUUGCAAGGGACACGGUGGUGGAAAGCGGUGUAUGUUCGAAGGUGGCGGGAUUUGUCCGAAGAGCGUUCAUGGAGGGACGCAGUUUUGCGUCGCACACGGCGGCGGGAAGAGGUGCGCGGUCCAGGACUGCUCCAAGAGUGCGAGAGGGAGGACUGCCUUUUGCGUCAAGCAUGGCGGAGGGAAGAGGUGCAAGACGGAAGGAUGCGGCAAGAGUGCUCAGGGGAGCACGGACUUUUGCAAGGCUCACGGGGGUGGCAAGCGGUGUACUUGGGGACAGGAAGGCUCGCUCUACGGACCCCGGGAGGGGAGCUCGGAGCUGUCCAAGGGGCCGUGUGACAGAUUUGCGAGGGGAAAGCUGGGACUUUGCGCGGCUCACAGCUCGAUCGUGCAGGAGGAGAAGGCUAGCGGGCUUGCUCCGGGGCUGUUCAAGGACUUGGUGUCGCAGUCGAGUUCCGGCAGCAUCGUCUACCAGUCUACUGCUCCAGCGUCCUCCUCGGUUGUUCUUGAGCAGCAGAAUCACUACAAGUUUCUACAGGAGGGCGGAAGCGGCGAGAUCAACAAGUGCUGGAGCACGACGAUCCAAGAGCAGCAGCAAGGAUUCCAUCAUCCGGUGGUGGUUCCAGUGGCGACCAAGAGCUUGUUCGUGCCUGAGGGAGUUCCGGAGGGGAGAGUUCAUGGAGGGGGUCUCUUGGCCUUGCUGGCUCAGCAAAGAAGCUCUGGCUGAGAGAGAGCUCCCAGGAAAUUGGUUUGCCUUCUCUUGCGAUCGAACGGGCGAGCGCGACGUGAGAGGUUUGUAAUUAUAUUCAUCUUUGCAUUGGCAGCAUUGUCCCUGUACAUAGAUCCCACGUCCCCUUGCAGCGAACCAUACGAAAUGGAGCUGUGUUUUUAAAACCAUAUAGAGAUAUUCCUGAUGUAAAUCUUAAUAAUGUACAUAACUGUUUAAUUACUAAACUCAUUUGAUUAA